GAAUGGAUGAUUGCACAACUCGGAAAGGAGUUGUCAAUUUACCCGACGUUGUUAAAAAGUAAAGUACAAGAAAAGUCCGCCUAUUGGCUAGGGGAAGUCCCUCUAGGAAAUCCCCUGUAGUGUCGGAAUUAUUUAUUUCCAAAUUCAGAUGCGCCACAUCCUUUAGGCUACAUAGUUGACAUCCUCCUCAGUCUAAUUUUGAAGACAUGUUGCAUAACCUACGAACACAAACUCUAUCGAACCAAUAAGCAGAAUAUUUUCAGAAACUGAUGGAAUAUUGAAGAUUUUUCCCAAUCCUCAUCUGUCAGAAGCAACGGCGUUACCUCUGGAAUCAGGAACACGAUGGAUGUCACUUUGGAUAAUGAUGUGCUGAAAGCAAAGAUACGGAGCUGCAAUACAUUGAAUACUUUCUACCAUGAAACUCGGCUGGAGAUUGACACAUUAAGUAAGAACAUCUACAAAAGGGACAAUUUAAUCGCAGAUUUAAAGGCUAGGUUGGGCAAAUACGAGAAUACCUGUAUCAAUGUGGAAGGGUAUGACCCUGUUGUCAUAGCACCGUCCAAAUCUUUGCUGGAAAGUUUAUGCAAAGAAAUCUGCAAACUGAAACAAAAAUGGAAAGACACAGAAAUGAAUGCGGCUCAGCAAGCAGAGUUGAGCCAACAAGAGAUGCAGAGGUUGCGACAGCAGCUGAGGGAGAUGGAGCGAGAGCUGGAGAGUGUGACCCGUCAACCGGACCACGAGAAGGACCAGGAUAUCCAGAGGCUCCGCUCUGCCCUGGCCGAGAGGGACCGUGCCCAGGCCACCCGGGCCGUCCUGUGCACCUCGCUGGCUGAAGAGGCCGAGCAGCUCCGGGGCCAACUGGGAGCCACGGUCAGGGUGUGUCAGGAGUUACUGGGCCGACUAGAGGGAGAGAAGAAGGGAGGAGAGAAAGUGACGGAGGAGGUGAAAAUGCAGCAGAAGGCAAAAGAGAUGUCGGAUUCUACGGAAGCCGGUCGUGUUGACACCCUGGUCAACAAACUCCAAGAAGAGAACCAACAACUAAAGCAAAGAGUAGCAUAUGUGGAAGGUCUGAACUCCAAAUGGCAAAAGUAUGACUCGAGCAGGGAAGGGUAUGUGAGGGGCCUGUGUCUGAGGCUGAAUGAGUAUAGUGCCCUGGCUGCUGCCUCCAGCCCUGCUCCAGGUGUGGGGCCUAGGUUAGGGCCCGGGCCUACACAAGAGCCUGGGGCUGGCCUGGGCUUGUUCCACGGGUUGGACUUAGCCAAUGCUGGGUUGCUCCAGCAGGAGAUAGCCAGGCUCAAUGGCCUACUGGAGGAGAAGAUGAGGGACUGUGGGAGGUUGGGGAGGGAGAUGGAUGAGAGCAGGAGACGAUACCAGGAGCGCAUCCAGAUGCUAGAGCAACAGGUUCUCAUCUACACAGAUGACUUUAAGUCGGAGCGGGCAGACAGGAGAGAGCGCAGUGCAGGAUCCAGGACCUGCAAGAGGAAGUAUCUCGACUACAGGAGCAGCUACACACACAGGCACAGAGCCCUACUAGAGAUGUCAACUCCACGUGCCGAGUCCAUAUAGGGCACCGGAUCUCCCCACGAAUGAGCACAGACUCGGCCGAACCACUGCUGAGGAACAGCGCCAAUCCACCUGCGGCAAAACUUCAAAGCGGGCUUUCGGCUGGGGCGGCGCCGGUGGUAUUAGCCCCCGGUCCCACCUGGACAAAGUGCCAGGGUUUGUCGGAACUCCAAUGCCCAAGAUGCCUCACCACAUAUGAUGAAGCACAUGCGGUGGAGUACCUCAACCACUGCGAGGAGUGUGCCAGGCUAUGAGCUCCGGCGUGAAGUUUCCCCUAGGUACAGAUAUAGGAUCAGCUUCCGUUCCCCAAUCCAAAUCAUAAAGUGGGGAAAAUGCAAAACUGACCCAAGAUCAGCGUCUAGGGGCAACUUUGCCCUACUCCCAAGCUAUGAGAGUUACUGCCCCGCCCACCCCACGGGGGUGUUGAGACAAAUAUCGCUAACUGACGAUAACUGAGCACUGAAGAAAAAGCACUACAUGCACCCUAAGAAGGGUCGGGACCGGGCAGCUUAGAAAACUGACUAGUUCAACUGGGUUGUGUUCAUUAGGCACUAAAUGGAAGAAAAUGGACUGAAACAGGGAGGUACUACCUGGACUUCAGAUGCUACCAUGCUUUUUGGUUGUUAAAGGACAGAAUCUAAUAGAUUAUCGAUACUGAGUUGGAGUGUCAGUACUACUUUGGUGGUCGUAGUGGGAGAAAGACCAGGUAUUUACCAGGAAACUACAUGGUAAAAUGAUAACACAGUAAUGACUUUGAAUUACUUGUUUGUUUCUUUCGGAUUCGUAACAACAAACACCACUGGCCACCAUUUGAAUGGGUUGAGUUCCUUGCUUUCGAAUCGUAACAACAAACACCACUGGCCACCAUUUGAAUGGGUUGAGUUCCUUGAAGGAAAUACCAGAAAGUACCCAUUGUUACCAUAUAAUUUCCUAGUAAAUACCUGGUAAAUACCAGUGGAAAAAGUAAGUAACUGUAAAAUAACGUUUUUGUGAAAUAGCUUUCCAGUGCAAAACCACUCAUGUUUGACUACAUGAUCCAUAUGAAUUAUCACAUGAUGCUGCAUGGGUGUGUUUCAUGGGAGAUGGUUGAUUGUGUGGUCUGUAGAAAAUCUAGAUGGGAAAUUGGAUGUUAAUUGCGAUAUUUGAAUGUCACAUACCUCAAUUCAAUAUUCCGGCAUCAAAUUGUUAACAUGUUGCACUUUCCUAACCUGUUUACCAAAGUAAUCGUUAAUGCACAGAUUU